AUGGGGAAAGGAGUUUUAAAAUAUGGUGGUAAAUCUGGUAUACUUCCCAAAACCAAGCAAAUAUUUCAUAGACCAAUACGUGCAAUGAAUGAAGUAGAAUUACAAAAAGAAAAAUUUAAAGAAAGUGGAUAUGCAGAGGGUGUACCAACUCCAAAAAUUAAUGGAGAAUCUCUUCCACGUCAUCAACCUCCAAGAAAGUAUAUAACAGUCGAGGACAGAAUAAAACAUAUCAAAUAUCCACCAAUGUCAUUAAAGGAAAUGAAUGAUUUACCAGCAGUAGAAAGAGACACCUACAAAAGAGCUUAUUAUAGAGCAGAAUUUUUGAAAGAAGCAUAUUUAGAAGAAGAAAAAAGAUUAGCCAAGAUUGAUGAGUUAAAGAAUAAAAUACAUGAAAAGGAACUAGAAAAUCAACGUAAAUUUGAGGAAGAAAGAAAAACAGAAUCAACAAUUUCAUCAUUACCAACAUUGCAAAAAUUAUUAAAAGAAGGACUUAUUAGAAAAAGGACACCAGAUGAAAACCGUUUAUUAAAAGAACAAAGAACCCUUAAUAGAAAUGCAAAAGAAUUAAAUGAAAAAGAAGAAAAAGCUCAAAAAUUAUUAGAAUUAUAUCAUUCUGCAUCAAAAUUUAUAACAAAUGAAGAACAAUUAGAAGAAGCCAUAUACAGGGCCUUUGAAGUCGAUACAGCAAAAUUUGAAAAUAAUCAAACAAGUAUUGAUAAUAAAUUAUUUUCAAAUAGUUCAAGUUUCUUAGUUGGAGAAAUUAAUGAAAUGAAAAUUAAAGAUGCUAUUUUAGGUGAAAUUAAUGGUAAACCUGGUUUAGAACAAAUUAAAGAUACAUUAAGUGGGAAUAGAGAAAAAAUAAGGAGAGAAGCUCAAUUAAAUAUGAGGAAUGAAAUAUAG